GAGCAGAUGGAUAGAAAAGUCAGAGUUGGGACGGUGGCACACCGUGCAAGAUAAAACUCUCCUGCCAAAGGUUCUACUUCCUCAAACCAUCCAGUGUCUCAAAAGGUUCGGGAAGCUAAAACGAAGAUUCAAACUGAUUUGGAGCAAUGGCCACAAAGCUUAUCCACCCUCCAAAAUCUGCUCCAAAUUUGUUUCAUCCAAUAGCAAGCAGUGCCGUAAAGAUAAUGAGAGCUCACAAAGCUCUCUCAGCCACUCACUCAAGUCACAAAAACUGCAGUAGAUUUAGUGAAUAUCCCUUUGGACUAAGAACCAUUGUUUCAACCAAAGCUACUGAAAAAAGUUUUGGAGUUGAAGUUCAGGAUGAGAAGCAGACAAUUCAGCAAACUAAACAAUCCCUUUAUGAUGCACUACAAGGCAUCAACAGAGGGAUUUUCGGAGUUUCAUCGGAAAAGAAAGCCGAGAUUACAAGACUGAUAGAGCUGCUGGAGUCUCAAAAUCCAAGUCCAGAACCAACUAUGAAUAUAGAGAAGAUGGGAGGAACUUGGAAGCUUGUUUACAGCACCAUCACCAUCCUGGGGUCAAAAAGAACCAAACUAGGAUUGAGAGACUUCAUUAGCUUGGGAGAUUUCUUCCAGGACAUUGAUACAGUUGAGGGGAAAGCAGUCAAUGUGAUUGAGUUCAGCGCUAAAGGUCUCAAUUUGUUCCGGGGGCAGCUAAAAGUUGAAGCAACUUUCAAGAUUGCUUCUAAAUCAAGGGUUGAUAUACGGUAUGAAAAUUCUACAAUCACUCCUGAACAGCUGAUGAAUCUAUUUGAGAAAAACUACGAUCUUCUUCUCAGCAUUUUCAACCCAGAAGGCUGGUUGAAUAUCACGUAUCCUUUCUUAUUGGAUUCAAUAGAAAUAAAGACAAAAUAUUUCUUUUUUGGGUUCUGUAAUAUUUUGCAAAUGAGAAAAAACCAUAUGCUAAAAUGCUUCAUCCUUGACUGUUUUCCUAGAUAUGUAGAUGAAAAUUUAAGAAUAGGAAGGGAUGACAAGGGCAAUAUCUUUGUAUUAGAGAGAUCAUGAAAAGGGCAGUCUAAAUAUCAAGAAUUCUUGGAUUAACCUCCAUGUAACCAAUUUAUUUUUUUUUUUCCCACAGAAUGGAGUGAUUUUACUGUUAAAAUAUCAAAGCAGUUACAAAUGAUUAAAAAGUAUUGUAGCUUUAGCA